GAGAAUGACGUAAGGGGGCGGGGCGCGCCGGGGAACGCUGUGAGACCGACUCCCGGGCGCGGCGGGGGACCGCGCUAUGGACCGCUACGCGGGUGCCGGGGACGAGGCGGCGGACCGGGCCCGGCAGCAGGAGCGGCACUACCAACUGCUGUCAGCGCUACAGAGCCUGGUCAAGGAGCUGCCCAGUUCCUUUCAGCAGCGUCUGUCCUACACCACGCUCAGCGACUUGGCCCUGGCGCUGCUCGACGGAACGGUGUUUGAGAUCGUGCAAGGGCUUCUGGAGAUCCAGCACCUCACGGAGAAGAGCCUCUACAACCAGCGACUGCGGCUGCAGAACGAACACAGAGUGCUCAGACAGACUCUGAGGCAAAAGCAUCUGGAAGCCCAGCAGUCCUGCCGGCCUCACAACUUGCCAGUGCUCCAGGCAGCUCAGCAGCGUGAGUUGGAGCCAUGGCAGGCCAUGGAACAUCGGAUCCGGGAGGAGCAGCAGGCAAUGGACCGAAAGAUUGUCCUGGAACUGGACCGGAAGGUUGCCGACCAGCAGAGCACACUGGAGAAGGCAGGGGUAGCUGGUUUCUAUGUGACCACUAAUCCUCAGGAGCUGACACUACAGAUGAACCUACUGGAACUCAUCAGGAAGCUGCAGCAGAGGGGCUGCCAAGUGGGGAAGGCAGUACUGUGACCAAGUAGGGGUCCUGCUGUCCUCCAUUGCCUAGGAUGGCUGGUGCCACAGCCCAUGUGAGGGCUACUGACAGUCCAGCUGCCAACAGGUCUGCUUUCUCUGAGGGGCUGAUUAGACCCUGGCUAUGCCUGCUGCCAUCUACUGUUCAGAUUGAGUGGGGAAGGGUUCAAGCAAUAGGAAUGGUGUCAUGAAAAGGCCCCACGACUGAAUGAUGAGUAGGAAUAUUGGUUCUAGCACCUUCCCCUCUGGGCAUAUCCCACAUUCUCUCCAGGCUUGGGUUUUGCCUUGUUCCUGUAUAGCCCCUCCCUUGACAGCCCCAGCCCUGGAUGGAAGAAGCUCCAAAACCCAAGUUUGGUAUGGCCUAGGAAAAUAAAGAACCCAGGACAUGUUUUGUGUCUGUGCUACCUAGGAUCCUUUCCUAGUGGCUCUGGCCAUGUUGGAGCCAGCAGAGUGGCAGCCACCAUACGACAAUGCCCUUCUGGGAUACUCCAGCCCAGCCCUUAGGCCUUGUCAGGUCCCUAAUUAAUACAGUCUCCAAACUGCUAUAUGAAACUGAAGAGGUGUGCACAGACUCAGCUAGGACUUUAGCUACUGGAGUGAAGGGCACAGAGGGGUUGGAGGGGAGCUGGGCCCCAGGGCCCACUGUGUGCCGCCUGCAGCCAUCCAGAGCCAAUGCGUCUGGGAUGUGGAAUAAAAGUGGUUGGGUGUCACUGCAGCCUGGCAGAGGUGUCCCCAAUGUCUGGAUUGGAAUGGCCUCUGGUGCUCAGAGCUGACUUCGUGUGCAGGUACCAAGAGAAAGGUGAUAACUCUCAGUUACAGGACAAUUUAUUGACUAAACAGGCUUCCCAGUCUGUCCUCUCCAGUGCAGGGAAGAUGGCUCAGACCCUGGCAGGUUAGUUCUGGACUAGUGCUCUGCAGCCUGCAGAGGUGGUCAGUGCCUAUUCAGAAGAUUGGUGGGGCAGCUCCCAGGGGCUCUAGCUGACCCCAUUCCUGAGAGUCAGCACCUAGGGGUGCAGGAAGUCCCAGAGGGCAACCCUCUCACCCCCCCGCCCUCAGCACCUCAGAGGCUUGGGCAUGAAAAGGUGAAUGGUGUCUGGGCAGGUUGGACUAAGGAACUCCAGCCCAACCCCACGCUGUGCCCUGCCUGAAGCCCCAGAGGUGACAGGUUGAGUGGAGUAGGUAUGGACAUGGCUCCUGCAGUGACUAGGCUGGAUGGUGGAAGAGGCUGCCAGUGCGCAGCCGCCUGCGGAGCUCCUGCCAGAGCAGCUGCCUCUCUCGCUGAGCACCCUUCAUGAUGCUGCUGUUCUCCAGGGCACGACGGGACAGUGCCCAUCUAUGUACAUGUGCGUGGCCAGAGGACCAUCUUGGGUACUGUUCCAUGGGAGCCAGCCAUCCACUGAUGAAAUCCCACCUCGGCCUCCCUGGUGCUGUCCAACACCCUGCAUGGCAGGCUGCAGCACCUACCUGCACAAAGUGAAGCACACGGUGUCCUCAUUGUGUGAAGCCACCAUCACCUCUGCCUUGGUGCUGUGCGUCAGCUCCUCCAGCACAUAGUUAAGACACCUGGGACAGGGACAGUCCUACCUAAGUUUGGCUCCAGGCCAACCACCACCUGAACCCCCUGUUGGCUCUGCAGGAGCUCAGGCUGAGGAGCAAAGAGGGGAGGAGGAGAUGGAGGAGGUGGUGGUGACGAUAGCCAAAGCCUCAAAAAGGAGGAUGGCACCCGGUCUCCCCAGCUGUGGUAUGGGAGCCAUUCCUGCCUGGAAGGAGGGAGGCGCCUGGGAUGUCCUCAAGAAAAGCUAGAAGUUAAAGACUUCCAACAGAAGUUGACAUCACUUAUCAUAAUAUAAAAUGUUUAUAGUAGGAAAGGCAGAGAACAUGGCUGUGUCCAGAAUUCUCUGUCAGGGGCUUCUGCAUGAGAGUCAUUUCUGCUGUGCCCACCCGCUUUGCCAUUACCUUUUGUUUGCUCUCUUGAAUGGCCUAUUCCAGCUGUCUGCUCAACAUUGCAAGCUCGUGAUUUGGUAAUGUUUAUUCUCUCUACUGCUUCUCUCUACCUGUAAUUUGCUGUCUAUUCGUUUACUUUUGCUUGCUAUAUGCUUAAUAAACUCAUCCGAAACUGAAA